AGGUACCUUGCGUCAUUCUCAGAGGCGGAAACGCGGAAGCAAAGCGCGAGCACAUUCCACGUCACUUGAGGUGGAUUUAGCGAGAGCGAGAGCCAGGAUCCUGACAGGAGAAUUUAGCGCUUUAAAGUGAAAGUCGCCGGAUGUGAUGCCACGAGCAAUUUGGCUUCACGCUCAACUGUCUGACGGCGAAGGGAAUAUCAUCGGGUUGUAAACAGAGGUUUCAUCUCAAGGGUGUCUGAUCUGGUGCUCGAUCUUAAUGGGCGAAUCAGGGACACGCCGCUCCACCCUGGUCUCCAGGCUGCCCAUCUUUAGACGUAGUGUGCGAAAGAGGCAGGACUCGCUCCCCUCCUCACCUUCGUCCGGUGGUGUUGGCAAUGGUGUCCACACUUCCUCUCCCUCCAGCACGAAUUCCAGUUCCAGCAGCACAGGCAAACGGCGCAGCCUGUUCCGCACACCGUCCCUCAGCUUCCACUGCAAGAGGAACAGCGACCCGACCCAGCUCAGCCUGGACAAUCACAGCCAGGGAUCUGAGGUCACCUUUCAAGAUGGUUCCAUCUCAAAGACACGGCAUUCAUUCGGAUUUGGCGGACAUAAGAAGAAGAUCGCCCGAUCUCAGACAGAAAACCUUGAGAAAGUGUCCGCCAACCGCAGCAUGUUUAUUAAUUGCAUCAGCUCAAGGACCAAGGAGGGAGAUGAUUCAGGGUUCCUUGAUGAUGUGAGCAGCAAGAGGUCUUCCAAGCAUAAGAAGCAGCUGCUGCCCAAGUCCUUAUCAGCUCACCAAAGGUUUUCUAAGAACUUGUCCAAUGUCCCAGACCAGGGUAAAGGUCAGGAUGGUGUGGAAGAUCAUCCUAAAACUGGUACCCCAGGUUCCUGGCCUGGAGAACUGGCUGAGAGUUCUCUACAGUCGCCCAUUAUCUCAGAAGACCGCACCACGGCAAUAACACCAUCCGAUUUUGUUCCCGUCACUGAAGACUCUGUCUCAGAAGUGGAUGCUUUGCCAGCCCCCAGUCCAGCUGCUCCACCUGAAAAAUUUAACCAAGCUGUUUCUCCCUCGGAGGUGCCCUUCUCCCCAGCCCAGGCCAGCACGGAAAACCACUUACUGCCAGAUACCUGCCACACAGCCAACACACAGUGUGAGAGCACCACUGCCCAUACGGAACCAGUAACGCUGCAGACAGUGAAAGAGCUGAACUCUUAUACUAACCCUAAUGCUAAUCCUAACCCUGACCAGUCAGAGACCAGUGAGUUUGAGCAAGCUCCAGAACUGAGUGAGGAUAGCAGCUCCAACCCAGACGGCCGUGAAAGGCGGUCUAGGAACACUGUGCUCAUCCAGCAGGCAGGAAGAUUAGGCCUGAGCAAACUAGAGACCAGGCCAAGUCACCCGAGAAAGCCGCACACAGUGUCCAUGUGCAGCAGUGUGAGCCCGUACCAUGAGGUGAUGCGCAUGGAUAGACGUCUGCGGUCAGCCUCUGAGGGUGCAGGAGGACCCAGACUUCAUCUCAACCUCAGGGAUCCUCACUGCAUGGAGGGCAACAAUUUAUCCAAGCAGAGAACCACUUCCUCAUCUUCCAAACUGGGCAGCAUGGAUGUUUUGAAUAACCUUGGCUCAUCUGAGUUGGAUGAGGAUGACCUGAUGCUGGAUCUCGACCUCUCUGAUGACCAGCGACCUCACCAUGAUAAAAGAGAUGAGACCUUAUUCCCCACAGCUUUAGCUGAAGAAGACAUGGCCUCACGGGAGGAUUCCAGUCAAUCCUUUGCAUCAUGCCUCAACCUGCUGCCCUCACCCCUGGAGGCCACCACCGACAGGACCCCUGGAAGAGAGCCCAAGGAGCCCCCUCUCAGGGAGCAGCGACCGAUGUCCCUCUGUCUGUCUUGUGAUGAUGAACCUUUGCCCGGGUUGGAAGCGUUGCCGUUCAGGCUGAUGCAAGCGGACUGCACAGCGGUAAAAACGCUUCUGCUGCGGUUACGCAGGACCCUGCAUGAGAGCACUGAGAUCAGUCCUGCCAGCAGCCUUCACUCUCUACCCAUAAGCCCCUGCAGUGAGAAGUCACUCCCCUUUAAGGAUCCUGGGAGAGAAGAGAACCAGAUCCUGCAACAGCAGCUGAAGGAGAGAGACGAGCUCAUUGUACGACUUCAGGCUGAGUUGGAAUCCACCCGCGCUGCUGAAACCUGAAAUCUCUUUGCAUAAAA